AUGGUGGCGCCCUAUCGGAUACGACCGAAAGCAAAGGGAGGCGUAUUCAAGGUCAACGAGGACCCCAGGCGAUUGGAUGAAGCGUACAUACGGAUGCUAGGACCUGGCGGAGACGAGUUACUAGGCGAUGAGGUCAAAUGGCUGGCCGUUACACACAAGAGCUUCGAACACGGCAAAAGAGGGUUCAACGACCGGUUAGCAUAUUUGGGACGGCGGAUAGUUGAGCUGCAGACAUCGCAGGCGCUUAUAAGCUCCCCGCAAGAAGCACAGGCAGAGACAGACGAGUUUGGCCGGAUACCGUUCCAGCACCCUGCGUUGAUUGGACUGCAAGGAUUGUCAGACGAGGCACAGAGCAAGAUCCUCGACAAGGCACGGUUGGCGCAAAUAGCAGAGCGAUACGGGCUCGAUAAAGUAACGCGGUGGACGCCGAAGAGGGCGGAUAACCUCCAAGGAUCUGGUAUCGAGUCUGUUCUGAUGACGUCCUUGUACGCCAUUGUCGGUGCUAUCGCACUCGAACGGGGUGGAGAAGCCGCCAACAAAGUCGUCCAAGAAAAGAUUCUUGCGCCGCUAGGAUUUGACUUCUCAGCAGAGCUAUAGACCAUUGCUAUCUCCGCGCGAUUGGAUUCUUGUACAACUAUUCAGCAUGUACUAUAUGGCCCAGAGAGAGAGAUGAAUGAGAUAUCCAGCAUCGAACCAAGGGUUU